GAGGCUCUGGCCUCCUCUGGUGGUGGUUGAUAACACCGUGUUUACCAAACCUUAUCUCUCUCCUGCUGCUGCAUGUGUUGACAGUGCCAUGUUGUCGUUUGCAUGAUGUUGUAGAGUUGCUUUUUGAAAUGGCACGAAGCUGGAACAGGUAAAAAUGACAAACCUUUAUGGACGAUAACAAGCACAUCUAAAGGUUUUCGCAAACUAGACGAUAAACCUCACGGUAAUGGACACAUACGGAAGCCUUAUUAAGGUCGUAUGAGCCUGGAAGGGGAGGAGAAUAUACCUUUGCAAGGGGGAUUUAUGUCCAUGCCUCCUGUAGAUCCUGUGCAACCUGCUAGCAGUUGAUGGUGUCAAUGAUCCAGAUGUGCUGGCUUUAAUGCAGGCGACUGAAAUCUCCAUGUUUUCUACAGAACAGUUUAGAUUUAGGAACGGACCCAUAGGUGAGGAACACACAACUGAUGUUGCUCUAUGUCCAUGUUUUGAUUUAUUGACCUUAAAUCCUGGUUUUCAUUUGUCAGUUCAACUUCUUGUGAUAUUAUCUAACACUUGUUUUAACCUAGCUCUGGACCGCUGACACCCAGAGGAAACCAGACUAGGAUAUAGAAAGCACUUCGUUGGCUCCGUGGGUCGGGUGUUGUUUCUGCUUUCCUUUUGUGGUUCUAUAUCAUCACUUUUCUCUCUGGAUGACAGACCAGCUGCCAAAGAGUUUCCUAAGAUCCUGGGAUUAGAACCUUUGUACUCUGUGUCCAGUAACGUUUCAACCAGCUCCUCGUCAUAUCUUCUCCUGCUUACCCAGACAACAAGGCGCCUUACCCCACACCUCAGCCCAGCAGCUACCCAUUAGCCCCUUAUCCAGGUCCUAUGGCGGGGUACGGAGACCCAAAUCAGGACCCUCCACCGGACUUCAAUAUGGGCUACAGUCCAAACCAACCUGCAGUCAUGUACCAGCCAGGACCGGUGGGUUCAGGGCAGGAAUAUGGUGGCCCUCCAGCUGGAGCUCCAGCUGUGGCUCUUGACGGGGUGCCUCCAGGGCUCGAGUACCUCACACAGAUUGACCAGAUCCUGAUACACCAGAAAGUGGAACUCCUAGAAGUAUUAACUGGAUUUGAGACCAACAACGAGUACGACAUAAAGAACAGCUUGGGCCAGAAGAUCUACAAGGCCAAAGAGAAGAAUGACGUCUGGUCUCUGAACUGCUGUGGCCCUCUGCGUAGCUUCGAGGUGGAUAUCACGGACAACAUGGACAGAGAGGUCAUCCGCCUCAUUAGGCCUUACCGCUGCGUCUGCUGCUGUUGUCCCUGCUGCCUGCAAGAGUUGGAGGUUCAGGCCCCGCCAGGCACCACCAUAGGCUACGUCAGACAAACCUGGCACCCUUUCCUGCCACGGCUUGAAAUCCAGGGACCAAACAAAUACACGGUGCUGAAACUGGAGGGACCCUGCUUUGCCUGCAACUACUAUGGGGACGUCAACUUUGAGCUGAAGGGAAAAUAUGUUGACGAGCCCAUCGGACGCAUCACCAAGCAGUGGGGCGGCUACUGGAAGGAAGUCCUGACCGAUGCGGACAACUUUGGCAUCCAGUUUCCUCUUGACUUGGACGUGAAGAUGAAGGCUGUGCUCAUGGGAGUUUGCAUCCUCAUUGAUUUCAUGUACUUUGAGAAGCCCGGGGAUGCUAACAAGCGCAGAAGAAUGGUUUAGUAACAGAGGGGAAAAUGAGGGGACAACACCAGCAUGAGAGCAAGGAUGUUCUGCACUUACACAUUCUGUUUAUGUACUUUGUCUUUUUUUCUUUCUAGUCAAUUCACCAGUGAACCCCAGAAUCUUUGAAUCAAUAUGAGCCAGUGUGCUUUCAAAUCUUUCUAAACUCAGUGAAUGACACUGGCUGCCACGUUGCCAUUAUGCCUUACUCUCCAUACAGUCUGUAAAAGUUUAAUAGAUGAAUUUUAAUCCUUGCCCAAAAAUAAAUCAAUCUAACCCUUUGCCUUUCCAGUGUCUACACAUAGUGGAUAUCAACAUUUAGAUUAGUCUUCUGCUACACUGUCAUUGAUGUCAUAUUUAUAAAGUAAGAACAAAGUAACAUGCCAGAGUUUGAAGAAAUUGCCUAAAACUUGCUUGAUGAAUAGAAGUAUCUGAUACUUGCGUUCUCUGCUCACAUGGAUUGCCAUAAGCUUUUAUUAGACAUUCAUGGCGCUAGAGGAUAAAUUCUAAUCACUUAGCUUUAUGACCAAAUGCCUGCAAACCUGACAUUUGCAUCAGUGCCUGCUAAUCGGCAGCCUAUUGGCAUUGUCUGCCAGCAUUUUAGCAUGCUAAUGUUAGACUUGGUACAGCUACACUGCUAGUCAAAUGUUAGGACGCUUUCCCAUUAAAUUGAAUGGGAAAGUAACUGAAGUGUCCCCUGCCCUCAAUUUUCUCCAGAUACCACUGUGUUGAAAUAAAGCCAGUGUAAUGAACAGAGGAGAGAGAGUGUAGGAAAAGCCUUUGAAACUAACCUCAGAGGGGUGAG